AUGACAAGCUUUAUACAAAGUAUCCACAUACGAGACGGAGAAUAUACAAAAAUUAUUUAUACUAUGAUCAAGGAACAACGAUAUACAGAUAGUAUUCAUGUGCUGACGGAUCUCCUGACUUCUCAUCCUGAUUCAAGACCAUGUUUAUCAUUAUUGGCUCAUUGUUAUUUUUACACCCAAGAUUUUAUCAAUGCUGCUGAGUGUUACGAAAAACUAGUGCACUUGUGUCCAGAAGAAAAACUCUACAAGCUUUAUUAUGCGCAAUCACUCCAUCAAGCUUGUCUGUUUCAAGAAGCAUGGAAUGUCUGUCUGACAAUUGCUAAUCAUUCAAAUUUAGACAAUCAGGUGAAAAAAUUGCAAGCAGCUAUCAAGUACGGGCAGGAAGAUAUCAUAGCUGUGAAAAAUUUAAUCGACCAGUGUCCGCCUGAUGACAUUGACACAGAAAUAAAUUUAGGAUGUCUGUUGUAUAAAGAGGAGCAGUAUGAAAAAGCAUUAAAAAAAUUUCUGAGCGCUUUACAGAUUGCAGGAUUUAAACCACACUUGUCUUACAAUGUUGCUUUGUGUUUUUAUAAAUUGAAAGAGUAUUCAUCAUCUUUAAAACACAUUGCUGACAUUAUUGAACAAGGAAUCAGAGAACAUCCAGAGCUAAGUGUUGGAGUAACAACAGAAGGAAUUGAAGUUAGAAGUGUUGGAAACACGUUAACUUUACACGAAACUGCUUUGACAGAAGCUUUCAAUUUAAAAGCUGCAAUAGAAUAUCAAUUAAAAAAUUAUGAUGCAGCAAAAGACGCUCUUACGGACAUGCCACCUCGUUCUGAAGAAGAAUUGGAUGCUGUGACAUUGCACAACCAAGCUUUAAUCAACAUGGACACUAAACCGAAUGAAGGUUUUGAAAAACUUCAGUUUUUACUUCAGCAGAAUCCAUUUCCACCUGAAACAUUUGCUAACUUACUUUUAUUAUACUGCAAAUUUCAAUACUACGAUCUCGCGGCUGACGUGCUGGCUGAAAAUGUUCACUUGACUUACAAGUAUUUAACUCCAUAUCUUUAUGAUUUCCUGGAUGCACUGAUAACUCAACAAACCGCUCCUGAAGAAGCUUACAGAAAAUUAGAUGAUCUUGCUAAUAAACAUUGCGAGACUUUGCGCAAGUUAGCGAAGCAAGUCCAGGAAGCGCGACUGAACCACGAUGAGAAUGCUGUUAAAAAAACAGUAAAUGAUUACGACGAAACACUAGAACGAUAUAUUCCUGUGUUGAUGGCCCAAGCGAAAAUUUAUUGGGAGCUGGAAAAUUAUGUCCAAGUUGAGAAGAUAUUUCGCAUGAGCGCUGAUUUUUGUAAUGACCACGAUGUCUGGCGGCUCAAUGUAGCUCAUACUCUUUUUAUGCAAGAAAAUAAAUUUAAAGAAGCGACCGGCUUUUACGAACCGAUUGUUAAGAAGAAAUAUGAUAAUAUCUUGGAUGUAAGUGCAAUAGUUUUAGCAAAUCUAUGUGUGAGUUACAUAAUGACAACCCAAAAUGCCGAAGCUGAAGAGUUGAUGAAGAAAAUAGAAAAAGAAGAAGAAACAGUAGCUUUUGAAGAACAAGAUAAAAAAUUAUUUCAUUUAUGUAUAGUUAAUAUGGUAAUAGGUACUCUUUAUUGUGCUAAAGGCAACUACGAGUUUGGAAUAUCAAGAGUAAUGAAAAGUUUAGAGCCUUAUAACAAAAAACUGGGUACUGAUACGUGGUUCUAUGCUAAAAGAUGUUUCUUAUCGCUUCUUGAACAGUUAGCUAAGCAGCUUGUUGUCCUCAAGGAUUCAACGAUUCAGGAAUGUAUUCAGUUUUUAGAACAAUGCGAAGCUUAUGGUAGAGAUGUUUUCACGAUAAUUGAGCAGCCUUAUGAUAUUAAUGAAGUACCGUUGAUUCCUGAAGCUAAACAUACUGUUACUUAUGAAGCUCGAUUUUUGAAAGCAUUGUUUCUAAAAAUACAAAUGUCUUAG